ACAAUUUUGUGAUGCUCAACAAUUUUGUGAUGAUAUGUUUCAAGUCAAAUCAGUAAAAGCACAUUUUUAUUUCUGCACAAAAUGGUAUCGAAUGAAUAGAGCUCUAAAUAUUCAACGUAUAACAACUACGCGCGGAAUCAAUUAUACAAAGAAAUUAAACAGUCAACAGUUAAGUUGUGUUUUCAUAUGUUUGACAUUCCUGCGGUAUUAUAUACGUAUAUAUGACAACAGAUGUUAGGUUAAGCUGCGAUAAGACGUAAACAGUGAUAAACAUAUUUGAAAAAAACAUAUAUUGAAGGAAGGAAACGGAAUAGCGUAGAGUACCUGAAAAUGUCGGGACGUAGAAAGAAAGACAAGAAUAAAUUGCUGCAACGGAGGCCCCGUAAUGUUCUCUGCAAGGAGCUGAGGUAUCACCAGAAGAGGGACAGAAUGUCUGACUGUUCUGACAGCUCGGAUAAGGAAAACGAUGAGACAGAGACGGUAAACGAGUGGCCGUUGCCAUUCCCUGUGGCUAUGUGGGAUUUAGAGCACUGCUCCAACUCCAAACAGUCCAAACAUGGUACUGGCAAAAAGUUAGUGAGAUAUGGUUUAACAAAGUUGCUGCGACUGAGUACACGAUUUUCAGGCCUUUGCCUUACUCCAGUAAGCGAUAAGUGCGUGACUCCAUUGGAUCGCAAGAUUGUAGAGAAGUAUGGUUGUGCAGUUAUUAAUUGUAGUUGGUCGCGUAUCGACGACACUCCCUUCAACAAAGUAAGGACAUCCCAUCCUCGCAUAUUGCCUUUCUUGGUUUCUGCCAAUUCGACAAAACCCUGCGAAUUGAGUUGUGCGGAGGCUAUUGCAGCUACUUUAAUCAUAACGGGAUUUCCAGACGAAGCUGACCUGAUUCUUGACAAAUUUAGUUGGGGACACUUGUUCCUAGAACUAAACAGUGAAUUGUUGGAAAAUUACGCUCGUUGCGCAAAUACUGAAGAAGUAAUAGCUGUACAAGAAAAGUUUUUAAAGGAUAUACAGCAGGAAAAAAUUGACAGACUUGCACUUUCUGACUUUCCACCAAGUGAUACAGAAUCUGAAGAAGAGGCGGAAGAAAAAGAUAAGAGCGUAGUGUCCGAAAUAACUAAGGAACUAGCCAAUGCAAGAAUAUAAAAUAUAAUAUUACAGCUAUUUUAAAUAAUAUACUAGAGGUGUGCGAAUUAAGCAUAUAUGAGGUUAAAUUGAACCAAAUCUUUGAUAAUAUAUUCAAAAAUGAAUCGAAUCGAAUCUUUUU